AUGACUUGCGACAGCUCAGACUUCGGAGGGUUGAGCCAGGUCCUCGAGGCGCUGCAACAGGCAACCUCGGCCGGCCUCGAUGUUCAGCUCAAGAUUCUUCAGGCACUCCCGGCCUUGCUUUCCAACUACUCUGCGGAUGUAAAAGGGGAUCUUCUAGUCACUGCCUUGAAUGUCUGCUUCAUUCUGCAGUCCAGCAAGAAUGCUAUUGUUAACAACACAUCGGCAGCCACCCUGCAGCAGUUGGUAGUCUCUGUCUUUGACAAGGUUGUCGCUGAGGAUAGAUCCGGCGGUGACUCUCCCGUCGUUGGUGAGGUCCCUAUCCAGGAUGGCACCCUCCCACUCAAGGCUGCGACUAUGGAUGCGUACAGGGUCUUCAACGAUAUCUGUCUCCUCACUGAAGGCCAGCGCCCCGAAUAUCUUCGUGUUUCUGGUCUGCCUCAGACCUUCGGUCUCGAGUUGAUCGAAUCAGUUCUCACAAACCACGCCGCUAUUUUCACCACGCAUGCCGAGCAGGCGGAUAUCCUGCGAGCGAGAGUUAUGCCUUUUAUUAUCAGUGCACUGCGUGGAAGGCCAAAUUUCGCGACCAGUGUUCGCCUUGUGCGCAUCCUGUACACGCUCCUGCGCCGCCACCUCUCCAUCCUCCCUUCCGAGAGUGGAGACGCACUCGAGAUUUUGACACAGCUGCUCGACCAAGACAAUACUUUAUGGAAGCGCGCGCUCUGUAUGGAGGUUUUCAGGGGCAUCUUUGCCGAACACGCCUUGCUCCGACGCAUUUUCAUGCUCUAUGAUGGCGAAGAAGGCCAAAAGAGCAUCCUGAAGAACUUAACCGCUACGUUUGUUCGUGUAAGUACGGAGAAGCCAGUGGUCAUUGGCUUGGGGCAUCAGUCCACCAUCCCCGUCGCCAGCUCCAACAUGGGGCCGUCAACCGACCAGGUCAUGCUCGAAGCGAGCGGAGUGACUGGCAUAAUUUCUGGUUCAGUGAGCUCAGAUGGUCACAAUACGGGCAUCAGCAGCCAAUGGAGCACCAUGCGAGUGCCCUGCAUUGAUCAACUCGACAAGACGGACGCCCCUGCCAUACCGGAGUCGUAUGUCUAUAGCCUCACUCUGUCGUGUAUCACGUCACUGUCCGAGGGUCUUGCAAAGUUUAUCCUUCCUCUAACCGUCGCGAGCGAAGGGAGGAGGAAACGAGGCUCGAAACCGGAAGCUGGACGUGACUCGCCUGCGCCCCUUCUAGACGAAGCUUCCGAUAAGUUGGAACGCUCGUCGUCGUUCAAGCGAAACCCAGUCCCGGUCAACCCACUAACGCUAGAGAACCAUCCUCUGUACGCCGAAAUCAGGGUUUGUGCUGCUUUCAUCGAUGGGUGCUGGCCCGCCAUCCUCGCAACCUGCUCCACCUUCCUCUACGCUGCCCUAGAUUCGGAAUAUUACCACGGUCUCGUCCGAGCUUUCCAGAAAUUCGCACACGUCGCCGGCCUGCUGCAACUUUCGACUCCCCGGGACGCUUUCCUUACAACUCUAGGCAAGGCCGCCGUGCCCCCCAACGUGUUGACCGCGUGCAUGAACGCUGGCCCUAACCGGCCGCCUCCCAGCCCAUCGGCCACUGAGGCGCCGGGCAACAUUUUCAGCAACGCUCGCGGGCUGCUCAGCGUCGAAAGCCUGGUUAGCCCAUCGCUUUUAGGGGCCGAGAAGCAGAGGCAACCCUCAAUGGAUGCUAGCGGGACCACUCUCAAUACCAGGAAUCUGCUGUGUCUUAGAGCACUGCUGAACCUCGGUAUCGCCCUCGGCCCGACACUCGCAUCAUCCUGGAGUAUUGUACUAGAGACCCUGCAGCGGGCUGACUUCGUCAUGUUCUCCUCCGGUAAGGCCGCAGGAAGGACACCCAUCGCGGCCAAAGGGCCCGAUCCCCAAGCUGAGCAGGAAGCAAGUACCCUUCUUGCUAAUUUUGGCACCGAGAUUCGGGCCGUGGAGACGGCAGCCUCGCGGCUUUUCGAGAGCACUGUUGAUUUUCCGAAUCACUCUUUCGUUGAGAUUGUUGGAGCCGUAUGCAACCUGUUGGAGCAUGUCGAACCUGCCUCAGAGGCGAGCAGUCGCCCACAAUCACCCCCCUCUACUGCAGGCCUGAAGGCUCCGUCACUUUCUACCAAGCGCGUCAUGAGCGUUUCAGCGCCGUCGCAAACAGCACCAAACCAAGAGAACCAAUUUGCCCUGUCCAAACUUGGCGACCUUGCUUCCAUCAACAUCGAGAGGCUGCUAGCAUACGACCCCCAAGUGUCGGGCUGGGCACCCUUGGUUGACGAGCUAAUCAACGUUAUGAGCUCGGUGUCCGAUACUGGCCCCGUUAGAGCCCGAGCGGCGGAGACGUUGGUUCGCAUCCUUCUCGAAGAGGCCAAUGCCAUUUCAUCCCAGCCAGAAGAAGUGCGGGGCCCGAUACAGAGGCGCCUCCUUGAAGCCUUCCGUGACUCUCUCGUGCCGCUUCAAGCACCCGAGCGCCACGUGUCUAUUACAAGGCACGCCAUCGAUGUUGACAUCCACAAGAUUGCCCUCGAAGGCCUCAAGAGUCUCUUGGAAAACUGUGGCGAAUCACUCAUCAGCGGCUGGGAGCUGACGUUUGAGAUUAUCGACACCAUUUUCAUCGAACGCAAUCUUAGCACCGAUGUGAAACAGGAUGGGAUGUCCCAACCGCCUGCUGUCUUGCAUACCCGUGCCGUCAAGCUUAUCCGCCCAUCAUUCGCUUCGCUACAGCUGAUAUGCUCCGACUUCCUCCCUUCUCUCCCUAAUGCUUGCUUCCUCAACCUCGUCGAUACCCUGUACAAGUUCUGCACCCAGGAAGAUGAACUCAAUGUGGCGUUGACACACGAGUUACGCCCCGUCGACAGCCCCUCUACGAAGGACAGCGGCAAAGACGAGUGGAAGGAGACGGCAACUGUCGUCAUUCAAGGAGUAUCGGGCCUGUUUGGAUCCUAUCUCCACCCCCUCACAGCGCACCGAAGCUUCUCAGAGAUAUGGCGGGACCUCAUCGGCCAUUUCCGCGCUCUUCUGAGUCUCCAAAUUCUCGACAUUAACGCCGAUACAUACAGCGCUGUUCGAGACAUUCUUCACGCCUGCGCGGAGCAAGAAAAAGGUGGCGUAGGCAAGGAGAGCCUUGAUUUGGCAUGGGACCUGUGGUCUCAGGGAAUACCCGUGCCCGGAGACGGCAAGGACGACAAAUCGUCUGACAAUCAGAAGUGCCUUCUGGUUUGGGUUGAAGCACUUUUGGAGCUUUAUGGGUUGAUCCAAGCAGAUUUUAGCGUCGAGCGAGUCCGUCGGAUGUUGACCUUGCUCCGCGAUGCGAUGCAGCAUGCAACACCUGGCGCGUAUGCCAGCGAUAUCGAGUUUGUCACGCCGUUGCAGGGUAAGAUUCUCGAGGUCUUCCGUAUGGUGCGGACGGAUUUGCAUGGCGUCCCAUCGGCGAUGAUCGCGCAGGUGGCCGAGUUUGUUUCUCUGGCAUUUGCCCAAGAAAACGCAGCCAAGGCAGCAGAGAAGCGCACAUACGUCGCCAUGUCCAAGGAGAGCAUGUCUAUCCUACAGUCGUUGAUCGUCAACAAUGCUUCGGAAAAGGACAUUUACGAAACCGGGGCGUUUGCGAGUGCAUUAUCUGCCCUAGCCAAACCCGUCAUUCUCAAGUACCAGUUCAAGAUCGUCACGAAGUCAGUCCAGCCGUGGAGGGUAGCAACGCAGUCAACCUUGGCUGUGCUCGAGGCAGCGCUUCCUCAGCUAUCUGGAUUGGAGCUGCCUCGAGAAACGCUGCAGGAUAUUUGGCGCAUAAUCAUCUCCAUGGCCAACGGUAUUAUCAGCGCUGAUUUGACUGCGCCCGCCGCCGUAACCGCGGACAUUCCGGACGACCAAGAAUUCGACAUCGUAUCGUUCCGACAACUGCGUGGACUCAUCAUCCCAGCACUGGGCGCAGAAGUCAUCCUCGACGAGACGAGAAAAGCCUACGCCGAGGGUCUGUUCCGCACAUCCAUCAUCCACACCCCCGCCCCCGCCGAGGCGGACAUCAUCUACGGAACCCGCAGCGGCAGCGACCCCGUCGGCCUAGGCACCUUCUUCAAGAAGCGCGACGGGCGCACCAUCGAUCCGACCCCCACGAAGCGCAACCUCAUGAGCCGGGUGUGCCUCGACGAACUGUUCGCGCUCGUGCAAGACUCCUCCGCCUCCUCCUCCGAUGCGCCGGUAACCCCCGCCGAACCCACCACCCCCACCACCAACAACAACAACAACCUCCACGUCCGCCUGGCACGCACCGUGGCACCAUACCUAAUCCUACGGUGCGCUUUGACGCUGCGCGGCUAUGUGGCGGACCAGCCGCUGCGCGGGCGCAUGCCGCAGCCGCUGUCGCAGCGCACGGAGCUCGCGCACAUGCUGCGGCGGCUGGUGGCGCUGCGGUCCGAGCCCGAUGCCAUUCCCGACGUGCCCAACGUGGAGAGCGAGACCAGAAAACACCUCCUGCGGCUGUACCCGCUGCUGGUGAGCGCGGUGCAGGUGGCGGGCGCGGCGGGGGAUGAGAUGGUGCUGGGGUUGGUGAGGGAGGGGUUGAAGGUGGUGGGUGGGGAGUUUGGGUUGUGA